GUAAGGUCCUAAGCGCAACAACUAGUUCGGAAAAUUAACGAAAAUAAAUACUAUAAAUAAAUAAAAGAUAUGCUUCUAAUUAUAAAUAUGUGUCCGUGUAUUGCUUCAGCUUUAAUCGUUGCUUAGUGUUAGAAUUAGUAAUCUGUGUAAAAAAGGACUAUAUAAAAAAUAUAUAUAAACUAUGGCGUUAAGCCGCUUCGAUUUUUAAAUCGCUACGCAUUAGUUCUUUUUUUUAAAUAAGGUCUUUUUCGUGUAAUGUUCGCGAGGACUUUUAACUCGUAGAUACGUCGUCGUACUAGUGCAAGGACGCGGUAAAAUCGAUAUUUCGUCCGCGAUGCCGACCGGGCUGUAGUAUAUUCGAGUCCGGAGACUCGCUAGGGUGGUAUCGAGCUGGUAGAACUCUGCUGUUCAUGUCAUCGAAGAAAGAAGACUAGACUCGCGUCGCUCGACGACAUGACUACGGAGACUACGCCGAAUCAGCAGGCAGACGCCAGCACGGCGUUCCUGCGAGCCGCGCGCGCCGGACACAUCGACAAGAUCAUCAGCUUGCUGGAGCAGGGCGUGGACAUCAAUGUCAGCAAUGCUAAUGGUCUAAACGCCAUCCACCUCGCCUCCAAAGACGGCCAUGUCGAAGUGGUCAGAGAGCUGCUUCAGCGUGGUGCGGCCAUCGACGCCGCCACCAAGAAGGGGAACACUGCCCUGCAUAUUGCGUCCCUGGCCGGCCAGGAGGCUGUGGUCAAACUGCUGGUGCAAAAUGGAGCUCAAGUGAACAUUCAGUCACAGAAUGGCUUCACCCCACUGUACAUGGCUGCCCAGGAGAACCAUGAUGGAGUUGUCAAGUUUCUCCUAUCUAAUGGCGCAAACCAAAGUUUGGCCACAGAGGAUGGUUUCACGCCUCUAGCAGUGGCGAUGCAGCAGGGCCACGAGAAAGUGGUGGCAGUGCUUCUAGAAGCAGACACGCGUGGCAGAGUACGUCUGCCUGCUCUGCAUAUUGCUGCCAAAAAAGACGAUGUAAAAGCAGCCAAUUUAUUACUCGAGAAUGAGCACAACCCGGACGUGACCUCAAAGUCGGGUUUCACCCCGCUCCAUAUCGCCGCUCACUACGGCAACGAGUCCGUGGCCCGACUGCUGCUGGCUAAAGGCGCUGACGUCAACUGUGCAGCUAAACACAACAUUUGUCCUCUACACGUCGCUGCUAAAUGGGGUAAGGAGAACAUGGUGUCCCUCCUGUGUGACAACGGAGCUAACGUGGAGGCCAGGACCCGUGACGGGCUCACUCCUCUACACUGCGCAGCGCGCUCCGGUCACGAGAGGGUCGUGGAGUCCUUGCUAGACCGAGGAGCACCCAUCACUAGUAAGAGUAAGAAUGGUUUAGCCCCACUGCACAUGGCAGCGCAGGGUGAUCAUUCUGAAGCAGCUAGAGUCCUGCUUUCACGCCGGGCUCCCGUUGAUGACGUCACCGUUGACUACCUGACCGCACUACACGUUGCCGCCCAUUGUGGCCAUGCCAAAGUUGCUAAGCUGCUUUUGGACAGAAACGCCGACGCCAAUGCUCGUGCUCUAAAUGGCUUCACUCCGCUGCACAUCGCCUGCAAGAAGAACAGAAUCAAAGUUGUUGAACUACUCUUGAAAUAUGGAGCAAGUAUUCAAGCAACUACCGAGUCCGGCCUGACUCCACUCCACGUGGCCUCAUUCAUGGGCUGUAUGAACAUCGUCAUCUACCUACUGCAGCACGAAGCCAACCCUGACGUGCCUACGGUCAGAGGAGAAACGCCUUUGCACUUAGCUGCUAGGGCUAAUCAGACGGAUAUAAUCCGCAUCCUACUCCGCAACGGAGCCGCAGUGGAAGCCAAAGCAAGGGAGCGGCAGACUCCUCUACACAUCGCAUCACGUCUCGGCAAUGUCGACAUUGCUGUUCUACUGCUGCAACACGGUGCUGACGUGAGAGCCAUGACUGCUGACCAUUACAACGCACUGCAUAUUGCUGCUAAGCAGCAUAACCAUGAAGUUGCAGCGGCACUGAUAGAACAUAAUGCACCGUUGACUGCGACUACCAAAAAGGGAUUUACUGCUUUGCAUCUUGCUGCUAAAUAUGGGAAUUUGAAGGUGGCUAAUCUUCUUUUGGCUCAUGGAGCAUCACCAGAUCAAGCCGGAAAGAAUGGGAUGACCCCUCUACAUAUUGCUGCUCAGUAUGAUCAACAAGCAGUUGCUAACACACUCCUCGAAAAGGGUGCGGAUGCUAAGGCGGUUGCCAAGAAUGGUCACACACCCCUGCAUAUAGCAGCGAGGAAGAACCAGAUGGAAACAGCGGCCACUUUGUUGGAGUACGGAGCGCUUACAAACGCUGAAUCGAAGGCUGGAUUCACUCCAUUACAUUUGGCUGCACAACAGGGUCACACAGAAAUGUGCUCUCUAUUACUGGAACACGGUGCUGAAGUCGACCAGCAAGCCAAGAAUGGCUUAGCGGCGUUACAUCUUGCUGCUCAGGAGGACAGAGUGCCCGUCGCUCAGCUACUUGUGAAGAAUGGUGCUGAGGUGGACAUAUGCACUAAGGGCGGCUACACACCUCUCCACAUCGCCAGCCACUACGGACAAGCCAACAUGGUGCGCUACUUGCUAGACAACGACGCCUCGGUGAAAGCGCAGACUUCACAUGGCUACACCGCGUUGCACCACGCAGCACAACAAGGCCACAUCAAUAUAGUUAACAUCCUUCUGGAGCACAAAGCCGACGCCAACGCUGCUACUGUCAAUGGCCAAACUCCGUUGGAUAUAGCCUCCAAACUGGGUUAUGUGACCGUCAUGGAGACUCUGAAGGAGGUGUCGGAGCCGUCCAUGGCGCCAGCGUCCCAAGACAAAUACAAGGUGGUCGCUCCGGAGACCAUGCUGGAGACAUUCAUGUCAGAUUCUGAGGAAGAAGGUGGAGAAGACACAAUCCUCAACGACCAGCCGUACCGCUAUCUGACAGCGGAUGACAUGAAGUCAUUAGGGGAUGACUCUCUCCCCAUUGACGUCACCAAGGACGAGCGCACUGAAUCAGCCUUGAGCCACAAGAACAUUAUGGAAAUAUCACAAACUUCAAUGAACGGUAUACCGUACCAGCCGCAGCAGGAGGUGGUGGUGAAGAGCAUCAGUCGGUACAGCACGGCGCAGGCUCCCGAGGGAUAUUGCUACAACGUCGACCCUACGCAACCCAAGAAAAAGCUUCAGUGGAAAAACUUCCUGGUGUCAUUCCUGGUGGACGCUCGCGGGGGUGCGCUGCGCGGGUGCCGCGGGGGAGGGGUGAGGGUUAUCGUCCCUCCUCUGUCUGCCCAACAGCCUACUAGAAUCACUUGCAGAUACUUGAAGCCAUCCCGCAUCAACCACAUGCCGCCCCUCAUGGAGGGAGAGGCGCUAGCGUCACGGGUUUUGGAGAUGGGCCCAGUCUCUGCCAAGUUCUUAGGGCCAGUCAUCCUAGAAGUGCCUCACUACGCUUCUCUCCGCGGCAAGGAGCGAGAGAUCGUGAUCCUACGGUCUGACAAUGGAACCAGUUGGAGGGAGCACAAUGCUGACGCUACUGAUGAUGUGGUCCAAGAUAUACUCAACGAGACCUUGGAGAUCGAAGAAACCAACGAAGAGGAGAAAGGCUGGGAUGCACCUCGGGUGACUCGCAUCCUCACACAUGACUUCCCGCAGUACUUCGCUGUCAUAUCGCGCAUCCGCCAGGAAGUGCAUGCCAUAGGACCUGAAGGUGGCAUGGUAUCCAGCUCCGUGGUCCCGCAAGUCCAGGCCGUGUUCCCCCAGGGAGCACUCACCAAGAAGAUCAAAGUUGGCCUGCAGGUAAACCUCUUCAAACCCCGCAAAGGGGUUAAGGAUUUGAAUCUGAAAAAGAUCACUGUCAAUAACGUAUCUAAGAAAAAGAGGUUCUCUUUGAUUUGGUAGUGUUACCACAUAAGAUAUUUCAUUGUAUAACAUGUGUGAGAUUUAAAGAUUUUACAAUAUGUUUGGGGUGACAUUGUUUUUCCAUGUAAUUUUAUAUUUUUAACCGUGCAUGCAUUAAACGUGCAUUAUUUAACUGUGGCUAGUUCUACUGGCAAAGACGUACCACCAAGUGAGUUAUGCUAGCCACGUUUGCUUUUCAGAAACGUGAGAAUAAUUGACCGUCAAUGGCGACCUUUAGAGGUACGAUGUAUAGGAACCGAAAGGGGUGUGGAUUUUCUUCCAACUCCUAACAAGUUAGACCACUUACAUCUAUUUAGUAGUAGUAUAUAGUAGUAUCCGCCCAACGAUAUUUAAUACUAGAGAUAGGGCACUAGCAUAGGCACUUAUAUUGUUACAUUGAAAAACAAAGUUACCUCAGUAGAAGUUAAUUUAUUAUAGUUUUACGAAUCAGUAUUUUUCAUAGUGAUAUACAAUAAUUUAUUUCAAUCGACUAAGUCGGUCAAACAAUAAUAAUAAUCGAAGCUUAUGAAUUUUUAUCAUAAUCGAAUUAUGUAGAAUAAUUUUAAUUAAUGGUAAUUAUAAAGAUAUAAAAUAACUGUUUUUCUCUCCCAAAUAUUGUAUUUGAUAACCUAUUUCAUGAAUACCUUGAUUGAGGUAGUAGUGCUGUCACGUUUAUUAAUUGUAUGAGCAGGUUCAUUGUACAAGUCACAAAAAAUUACGCUGUUGCUUGUUUAGAACUCAUACGGGGCCUUUAAUCAUGAACUUGUUCACGCAACGUGGCGUGAGCCGUUUGCAAGCUGUUUUCUACUCACGAUUUAGAUUCGUGUGGAUUCUAACUAGUCAGGCAUUGUCCAACAAUAAAUUAUCACGUAAUUUUGAGCCAGGUUUUAUUAAAAAAAAUGCUCAUUUUUGUAUUUUAAAACUUUUUUUUUUAAUUAAUUAUAUUAUAAAGUAUUUUUAGUUCAAUAGACAUCAAUAUGAAGAAAUAAACUUAAUAUUUGGGAUUGAAAAUUAGUUGCCCAAAGGUUGUUUAGUGAAAUAGAAAAAAAAACAAAAUAUUCUGGGACUUGACAGGUAAUUGUAAUAUUAUCGAAUUUUGUUAAAGUCUUAUAGAUUUAUUUGAAUAUCCAAUCAGAGAAAAGCAAUAUCUAAUGAGCGAUCCUUUGGGUAUAGUGUAAUAAUUAGGUUUACAUUGAAAAAUUAAAAAAAACACGGUUUGCGUAGUUCUUGUCGAUGUCUCAAGUGAAUAUUUAAUCACAUACAGGCACUUUAAUAAAAAUAAUAUGUUUAAUAUCUAUGUAUGGAGUAUUAUCAUUAAGUGUCGCCGCACACGGACCACACUCGAUAGCCACAAACGCCGCUACAAGAAGCAAGAAGGGGCCACAAAAGUAGCUGAAGCGCGCGACAGCCACUUGUGGUCAGUGGUCGACACUUGUGGUCGGUGGCUGCUACUUUUUUAAUAAUAAUAAUAAAUAAUAAUAAUUUCUUUAUUCAUUAGAAAGCAAGUUUACAAAGAUAGCUUAUAAUAUAAUUAAGACCCUGAUUCUUUCUAGUAUAAAAAUUUAAAUAGACUAUGUACCUAUACCUAAUCCUAAUUUAUAUUCAAACAAAAAAAGAAAACAUAAUAGCUUAUACAAUUUGACAUUUUAUGAUUCUAUGACCAAUACAAAUCUAAUUCAAAAUUACUGUGACUGAUAAAAUAAAAUAAUAAUAAAGCCAAUUUUAUACUGUCAAAAUAACCCAUAACCUCAGACCAAUUAUUAUUGUAUAGGACCUGCCUCGCUAGACGUUACUUUUCUGUCAAAGUGAAUUUUUAUAAUCGCAUUAGAUCGUUGAUUAUAAAAACUAUCUAUAUGUUAAAUAGUUGUAAUCGUGUUCGUCGGUUAAAGAGCUCCGUAAAAAUACCUCCGGGUUUUGUGUAAUUGAAUUGUGUAAAAAACGGGCAAAAUCUUCUAGUUUAGUAUAACAUAUAUACCAAAACUAAGCUCGUUUUCCUCAGAAAAUGACAGACAAUUUUGUUCGUGACUAUGAGUGCGAUACAGGUCCUUCUAUAAUUGGUCUGAGCCCAUAACCCGUACAUGCAGUAUUGUAAUCGCGCGAGUGGCGUGUAGCGGCGUUUAGUGUAUGAAAACUACAGGAAAUAUGCCCGUAGCCAUCGAUCGUAGAUCGUUAGAUGGGCCUCAAGGCAUCGCGGAAUUGUCAUUGGUUUCGCACAUUGAGUACGUCAUCACUCGUAACACAUUUCUCUUUAUUCUUGUUGUGGCUAGUGUUUUUACACUUCCAAAAUGAACAUGAAGGGAUUAAAAUGAAAAAAAAACAGAAAAUAUUUUUUUAAGUCCACGUCCACUCACAGCACGCGCUUGUUACGUACUAAGAUAAAAUGUGCGUGCACGUCUUUGGGUAAUGACAUAAAAUUGUGCGUUCUUUAGUAUGGAGGGGCCCAUCUAACGAUUUAUAUCGAUGCCCGUAGCGGUGUUUUGUGGUUGUGGCCGGUGGCUCGUGUGCGGGAGCCCUUAGAAGCGAAUACUUAGGUAUUUCUAAAGAUUUAGGCAGACAACGGACGGGCGGAAGAUGAACGCUAGCGGAACGCUAUUGGUGAAUUGCACAUUUUGACACACUUUUUUUGACUCAGAACUCGAAUCCUCAUGAUUCAAAGCAUAGGCCUACUAAUAGACCAAUCUCAAAAAUAAUACUAAUAGAGGCAAUCUCAAAAAGCCUAAGAUGGCCUCAACAGUUUAUUAAACAGAACCUUAAUUUUUGUAAGAUCACCGUUUUCAUUUGUUUAUGUAUCAAAAUAUACAAAACUCAAAGGUGACUGACUGACAUAGUGAUCUAUCAACGCUCAGCCCAAACCACUGAACGGAUCGGGUUAAAAUUUGGCAUGCAGGUAGAUGUUAUGACGUAGGCAUCCGUUAAUAAAGGAUUUUGAUCAAUUCUACCCCCAAGGGGAUAAAAUAGAAGUUGAAAAAUUGUAUGGAAAUUCCUUCAUUUUUAGAGUUACACUUUUAAAAAUUUGUUCAUAAAUUAGAAAAAAAAUAACAAAUAUGACGUUUAUCAAGAAUUUUUAAAAUUCAAAGUUUACAUUGACUUCCACGCGGACGAAGUCGCGGGCGUCCGCUAGUAUUAUUACAAUUGUUUUAAAUAAAACUGUUUUUAUUUAAUUGACAUUUCCUGUAUUUCUAUCCCGUUCUCUAUCGUUCUGUCUGAUCCGCUGUGAACGGGUUACGGCGCACUACCCGUGUCCAAUGAAACACUGACUAAACUGUACUGAAUAUUUAUUAAUUGCACACACAUAAACUGAACAGAAAAAACCAUCUAACAUGGUUUGUACUACAUAAAGUCAAAUAAACAAACGUUAGCGCGAGUCACACUAUUUAUACCGCCAUCUGUCGAGAACUGUUGAAACUACGCGGACACUCUGCCCAAACCAUAAAACCCUUAUACCAAUUACCUUCUACAGAACUUGUAUCGCAUUAAAUUCACCAACGAAAUUGUCUAUCGUUUUUACGAUUCUACACACAACUAUAAAUUUCAAAUCGUAAUACACACGCGUGUAAUUUUAACAUAAUGAAACAUCGAUUCUAUAAAUGCAGAUGAAGACGUUUGAUCAUGAUCAUAUGUUUUUGACAAAGGGGUAACCUCUACCGAGGCAGGUCCUAUAGAAGGUAAUUGGUCUGAGACAUAACCCCACAUGAAACGAACCCUUAGCUCUACAUCUCAUAAUAUGUCCUUGUUAAGCUAGCAUAGGAUGUGUCUAGAAGUACCCGAACUGGUCCGAUUUGAAAAAUUCUUUCAGUGAUAGCCCAUUUAUCGAGGAAUGCUGUAGGUAUAUUUUAUCCCUGUAUUCUUACGGAAACGGGAACCACGCGGGUGAAACCGCGAGGCGUCUACUAGUAGGAUAUAUAUCUAAUAUGUCAUAAUAUGUCCUUGUUAAGCCAGCAUAGGAUAAACAUAGAAGUACCUACCCGAUUCUUUCAAUAUUAAAAUAUAGUACGGUUGAAAAUCAGCAUAUCAAAUCUGGCUCAUCGACAACGUCUUUAUAUAUAAAAAUAAUAUAAUAGAAAUAGGUAAUCAAAGUAUUUAAAUAGAAUUAAGAGAUAAUAGAAUAUUAUUUACAGUGUUUAUUUAUUUAUUUCACGCCAAAUGCAUUGUGUUCUUAAAAUAAAACCACGAGAGACUGUGGGAAAUUUUUUAAGGGGUGCUUCUCUAAAUUUCUUAGUAGUUUUCUUUUGCAUUACCUUUGUAAAAUUGACUAAAUGACAAUAUAAAUUAACAAUUUGAAAGCAUAGAUACGCAAAUUCAUCAGAAACUCAAUUCUUAUAUCUAAUACAAGUUUCAGGUAACCAUGAUACAAAUGACAAAGAUACCUACUUGUAAUUUCUUUUAUGUUUUCUAAUAUAUGGAUUAAUUUAUUCUUGAUAAUAAUAAUAUUUAAGAUCAUGAAACAAUUUUGAUAAACGAUUGAAUCUUAAAGGGCGAUUCAAAAUUCAAUAGAAGUAUUAAACUGUCAUAUGUUUCACGGAUAAAACAUUAAAAGGAUUAUUUAACACCCCCUCUAGAUUACCCACGCCCUCUCGGGCUAUAAUUAUACUAAUAUGAAGAAAAUUGCCAUUAGCUUACCGAAGUACAAAAUACGGAUGCCAAAUUUUUUUAAAGUGCAUAUAUUUAAUUUUUCUAAACAGCGAUAUUUUUGCAGAUUUGAUGUAGAUCACAUAUUUGUUACGAAUAAUAAACAGAAUGCCAUUUAUGUGAAUUGUGUAAAAUUGAUUCUGGUAGACAAUAAGAAUAAAUCACUUUAUCUCCACCACCCCCUCCCCUCUCCUAUAAGGAGGGAGUCUGCCCCUAAAGUGGGACCAUAAUGAUGAUGAUGAUUUACCGUUCUGGUACGGUGUCGUCUAGAAACCGAUGUCGUGGAUUUUCAUCCUAUUUCUAACAAGUUAUCCCGCUUCCAUCAUAGAUUGCAUCAUCACUUACCAUCAGGUGAGAUUGUAGUAAAGAGCUAACUUGCAAAGAUUCAUCAUGCGGCAUUGUUUUUGACACGCGUAACAAAUAUGUUUUCCGCCCUUUAUAAUGUUAAUGGUACUAAAAAUUUAUAUAAUUAACCAGUAAAUUAAGUGAUAAUGGUCUAUCUUUUUAUAUCCAAUAUACGAUAUAAAUUUUAUUAAUUUAGCAGUAAGAUUAAGUAGCCUUGCCUGUGGAUUAUCACCCGGGAAAUAAUUAAGCGUUUAAAACCCGCCAUUUGUGUUAUGGGUAGAAAAAUUCGUACCCCUUAACAACCUGAUACAUGUUAAGCUCUCAUUUGGUAAAUCUGAAAGACCGUUCAGACUUAACAAGUGAGAUAGCGUAGAUGGUCCAUGUUGACUAGCGAGUCGUAUAUAUGGGAAGAAAUUUUUUCUACCCCCUUCAAGUUAGUCCUCUACCACCUAAGACUUGCAGUCUUUCAAACUUAAAAUAAAUAAAACAAUGAGCGGGUUUACUGCAAUCGUCAAUUUUUUUGUAAUUUUCAUUGAUUUUGUAAUCGAAAGUGAAAUAAUUAUAAGAUCACCAUUAGGUACAUCACCCCAUACAUAACCUAAAAGUAUUAUUAAAAAUACGCUGAUUGGCUCAAUUUUGAGAUGAUUUGGAUGAAAAAUUGGUGUUCGAUAAGUUGAUAUAGGUUGUGUAGAUUUUUUACUAUUAUUUAUUUAUUUUAGAAAUAAUUGUGUAAAAUAUUCAAAAAAAUAUAUUUAUAAAAAUGGUGUCCCCACAUAUCGUUACCAUAAAGUUACCACCAUUAUUUGAUAAGUUUGUUUGUACUGUAAUCGUAUAUUCAUUAUUAUACCCAAUAAAUUUAGUAUUUCACUUAAAAAUACGUAUAUUGUAUGAGUAGUGUCGAGAAAGAAAAUAAAAUAUAUAAAAAAAAAUUUUGUUUGUCACUAUACGGGUCAAUUUACACUGCCAAAUGGAAUGGAAUGGAAGCGCCAAAUUUCGCCUCAUUGCGCGUGAAGCCGCGUGAAUUCGCGGGAAUGCUCGAGAAUUCAACAUAGCGUAAUACCGACCGAUCGAACUCUA